AUGGAAUAAGAUUCAAAAUUGAGCUAGUUUAUUUCUCCGAGAUAGAAUGCUUUCCUUAUUUUAGAUUAGGACGAAACACAAAAAGUGAAUGAAUCUAAAUAAAAUAUGAAUAUUAAGAGUAGAAUACAGAAAUUCAGAACUGAAGACUUUUCUUUAAGAAGAAAACUGCAAAACUAAAGUCUUUUUGGAAAACUGAAAGUAUUAUGUAAAGGGAUGCAAUAAUAUAUUUACAUAUUAUUAGAAGAUCCUAACUCUUCUUUAAUAGCUUAUUGUUUACAAUUCCUGUUACUAACUAGUAUAUUAUUGUCUUGUGUAGCAAUUAUAGUUGAUUCAUUAAUGGAAAACAGUAUGAUAUUUAAUAAUAAUAUAGAAAGUAAUCCUCAAUAUGAUGAGAUUUCAUUUUAUUUAGAAUAUUAUCUGUUCAUUUUCUUUGGUUUAGAAUACUUAUUGAGGAUGUUUAGUUCAACUGCGUUUGAUUCUAAAUUAGUCAAAUUUAUUUUUUCUCCCUUGAAUUUAAUAGAUUUACUUGCAAUAAUGCCUUUUUUAUUUAAUCUCAUUUUUGAAGGGGCUAGUUUGUCUGGAUUAAGAGUAAUCAGAAUUGUCAGAUUUAUGAGAGUGUUUCGGUUAUUCAAGCUUUCAAGGUUCAUGAAGGACAUGCUAAUGAUUGUAAAUAUAUGAAUCACUUAAAAAGGCAGAUACAGUAAAGCAUUCAGCAAAGGACAUAAUAAUUUUGAUUACAAUGUUCUUUUUUUUGAUUUUAUUUUUCUCAAUUGUGAUGUAUUAUUUAGAAUACGAUGAUACAAAAAUAGAGGAAGAUGAAUAAGAAAUCCAUUCUAUAUCUGAAGCUAUUUGGUGGUGUAUUGCAACAAUGACUACAGUUGGAUAUGGGGAUAAGUUACCUUUGAGUGUCCCUGGAAAGUUCAUUGCUUGCAUAGCUGCCUUUCUUGGAAUUACAUCUAUUUCAUUGUAUAUAUACAAAUAACAAUAGGCCUGUUGCAGUUAUGGGAAUGAAUUUAACUUAAACAUUGAAAGAGCAUGAAGAAAAUAUAGAAAUUCAAAAAUUAAAGGAUCAGUUUGUGAUGGAGAGUGACACAGAAUAUCUCAAUAAUAAAAGAGAACAAACUCAAUUGAAUAUUAAGGAAUUGAAAUUUAUGGAAAGAAGAUUAGAAUAAUUAUUGGAAAACAAUUAGAAAGUCAUGGAUUAUGUAGAAUAAUCUCAAUAGCUAUUUGAUGAAGUGACUUAAGAUCUAAUGAGUCUAUAUUCAGCCUUGACUGAAUAGUUGGAUCUCCAUAUAGAAACAAAAAUGAAGAAUUUGAAAGCUAGGCAUCGUGUAUUAUUGGUUUCUAUUCAAUUAGAUAAUGAAAAUGGAAAAGAAUCUAAAUUAAAAGAAAUCCAUAGAAUUGAGUUAGAUUGUAUCUGCUUUUAAGGAAAAAUAGAAGUUAAUUUCCUAGGGCUCCAUUCUAAUGUGCGAGGAAAGUUAAGCUGAUGUAUUUAGUAUUGCAAGCAGACAGAGCAAACAAUAUACUGCUCGAAAGAGUUAAAAAUUAAGAAGCAAAAAUAAUAGAGGCUCCUAUAUGUGUGUCAUUAAUAAUAGCAAUCAUAAUCCUUUCAAAACUCAAACAGAUUACAAUGACCCAGAUCCUCAUUAAAAUAGCAUUAUUUAUGCUCAAGUCAGUUCAAGAAAUUCAGCCUUUAAUUAAGAUAUGUUAUAAAAUAUAGGUGGUAAUGCUGAAUUCAAAUUCAAUUUGGAGGAAUCAAGUGGGAAUAUUGAGGAAGAUGAUGACAAUGGAGUCGAUCUAAGCAGUAAAAUGCAAAGUAUCUCAAACAUUUAAGAUUUUAAAUUGAAAAAUAGUAUUAAAUAAAAUAAUAUAUGAAUUACUAAGAUUAUUAAUUUUUAGAGUUUCAAUCAAAUAGCAUAUCACUUGUCAAUUCAAUGAUAUAAAGUAUUUAAAAAAGUAGUGAGUUUAUCUAAGUCCCUUAUGAAAACAAUCAAGAAUAUAUAGUUAUAUAUCAGAUAAUUAUUAUUUCGCAACCAAAGGAAAUUUUAUUAUAAAAGUUGCCUACUCUUGUAACGCAUUUGAAUUUAUUGAUGGCUUUAUAUGGAAUUAAAUUGAUAGUUUUGGGAUGGAUGAAAAUCUGGUUUGAAAAAUAAAACUUUUGGAUUCUAAUAUAACGAUGUGUUUCCAGAUUAUUAUAUAAUAGAUUAUUAAAAUUGGAUAUAAAUCACAGAUAAUUUAUUUUCUCUUUGUAUUAAUUUCUUUUAUAAAUAAUCAUAGAAUUAAGUAUGUAAUUUAUAAUUAUUUAGAAAAAUAAAUAUACCUUUAAAUAAAAAGUUCAUAAUAUGA